AUGAAUACACGAUCCGGUAGAUCGAGAUACCGGACCAGUUCUUUAUUAGAAGAGAUUCGUAUGUCGGACGAUGCCGAAGAUGCCGAAACUACCUUAACAGAGCAAUCUUCAUCGCAAAACCAAUCCCCAUCCCCUUCUAAAUCUAUCAGGAAGAGAAGUGCUAGAAUUUCAUCUGUAGAAACUUCCACCUCAAAAGAAUUGGAAGAGCUGAGGUUUAACUUCAAAGAGGCGGUGAGAGGAGCUUUCCAAUCUGUAGAUCAACAUUUGACCCCUUAUAUUAAUCAAACAAAAGCCGUUUUUCUAAAGUUACAAAAUAGUUCCCCAUGUUACUGGAAAGCUUUCAAACCUGAAUUUACAUUUCGACUGAACUUCAUGGUUCAAAGCAUAGAACCUAUAGUAAAUCGUUCUAACGUAUAUACUAUGAUUGUGGAAGCUACCUUUGCGCUCGCGAAUGAAACUCAAACGGCUUCUAAUGUGCUGCAACACCUUAUCUCUUAUUGUGAUGGAUUGCAAUGUGCUGAAGAUCCAGCUGUUCGUUUCAAUAUUUGUUGUCUAGUUGGCAUUCUUCUGGACUUCUGGCCUAUAUAUCCUGCUGAUCCACCAAGUCACGAUGUCCUAACGAAGAGGCAACGAGAUAUGUUGUACAGUAUCAUUCGUUCGCGUCGCUUGGACAAGAACUCGCUAGUAAGAAGCCAGGCACUCAAAGCUUGUCGAAUUAUUCAAGAUAGUCCCAUCAGUAGUGAUUUCAAGCAAGGAAUUGCGUUUGGUCCGAAGGAUAUUUUACAUCAGGCACUGCAAGACAAAGAUGCGUUGUGUCGAGUAGCUGCGGUAGAAACUUUAACAUUUGAUCUCACUUGUAAUGAACAUGUACAAACUCUAAUUGAUAUAGCUAUUAGUGAUGGCCACAUGCAGGUCCGAUCUGCCGCUCUACGAGGACUUGUAAACUUGAAUUUGAAUCUUUUAAGUAAAGAUCAAAUAAGAGAUUUACUGCAAUCUGUACUAUUUGACACUCAUGAAUUCGUUCGAAAAGUGGCUAAGUCUGUGCUUCUGAAGGGAUGGAUAUCAUUACUUGCUGCGGAUAUAAAAAAGAAAAUGAAACGUAAAUCCAAAACAGUAAAUCCGCAAAUAGACUUUAACAAAGAAUCUAAUCAUGGUUGGGGUGCAGGACUGUUCGCAUUAAUUUCUAAGUUGCCUUGGAUAGAGGAUCCGGAUGUCGUCUCUGAGCUCAUUUUCUGUGCCUUUGAUUUAGUCCGGGAGGAACUAGGAUCUGUGCCAGUAUCCCAAUUUCUUCUUUCUUUGAGAGAAGAUGAAAUACCACCAAUACCGAUAAUGCGUUAUAACUGUAACAUCGUGAUGGAACAUGAGAUGCCCGGUUUGAAACUAGCUCUGUCUUGUUAUUAUUGGAGAUGCUUGAUCGAAUAUACAUUUUUACGUACAUCUAAAUCAACAAACUCUGCAGAGAGAGCUUCAUGUAUACAUCGUUUAGCUCCCACUUUGAGAGAGCUAGCUGUUCUAGCACGCGGAGUGAAGACUAUUCCUGGUUUCAAAGGCUUCUCUUCCAGUGACGAAGAGUUACAGUACUUGACUAUGACUCAAAUAGCAUUUAAAGAAAUUCUGAAAGCAUUGCCUUUUUUGGAAGAAGAUACGUGUGGAGUAGACGAAUGGCGGGUAACACUUGAAGAGGCGUUGCUGGAUUUCACUAUGAAGAAAGAUGUGACUGACGUUAUAGCGAAACAGCUAGCAUAUAUAAUUUACAAAGAAAAUCCUAUGACCGCUUUCGAAGUUUUUGUAAAUACUACUGCUCAGUUGGUUGACAAGGAUAUCAACCCUGACGCAACGAUUAUGAAUGAAACGCUUAGUGUACCCAAUCGCGUGUACACAGUGGAGGUCAACGAAGUUAUCACUGCAUAUUGUUUGCAAGUAAUUAACUCUAUUUUGAAAACCGGUAUUGUAAAAAAAAUGGGAGCUAUCGUACAGGAUAAAUAUGAAUAUCUCUUAUGUCCUGCCAUCAAGAACAGAGAUCCCACUGUUCGAAACUGGGCUAUAGAAUCUGUGGGUAUCCUUGGUUUAUUAGAUAUGGGAAUAUUAGAACGAAAUUGGUAUAUGAUGUACAGAGGCAUGAAAGUAGAGUGUAUCCCGACUAAAAUAUUGUGUAUGGAGAUCAUUUGUGAUUGGGCAAUACAAUGUGGAAUCAAUAGGAAUGAAAACCUUUACGAUGCAGAAAAGUUUUUAAAUGCAUUACAUAGCAAUUUAUUGCCAGAAACAGAAGACCUCAAAAAUCCCAAUCUGAAAGUUCUUGAGCGUACUAUAAUCGCGUGCUGCAAGUUCUUCCUAUGUUGUCCGCGUUUUCAGGAAAAAGUUGACUGGGAAAAGACAAUCAGUCGAAUAGCCUGUUUAGUGUAUUCCCCUAUAUUGGCACAAAGUGCUCACGUAAAAGCGUGCUUAUCCCAAUUUUUCCCAUGUUUCGUAAGCACAAGAAGAAAUCAAGGAAUGAUGGUGAAGGUGUUCUGGAACUUGGUGAACAUGCAUGUGUCGGGAAAGCAUGAUGAAUUGAUAUCUGAGGACAAUCUCAAAACAUGCCUAAAGAUGGUGCUGGAAUUCACAAAGAGAAAAAUGGUUACAAACAGCAAAGGGCAAGAGAAGGAUUUUCCAUCAUACCACAUUUUGAUUUGUAAAUCCCUUCUGCGUUACCUCCAGGCUCAUUAUCUAUAUAAGAGAUUGGUCCUACCAUCGUAUUGCUUGCUCUACUUCGAAUACGAAUUGUUUCCUAAGGAGGAUUUAGCUUCCAUUUUCGAGGAUGUUUCGAAUGCUUAUGUGGUUUUCAUGAGAACAGUGGGUGAAAAAUCAAAAAUUAUAAUAAACCUGAGGAAAACUGCCAAACGCAUUUUGCCUCUAUGUGAGGAUGUUUUAGAGAAUCUCGAAGCUUUUUCAAAGUGGGAUUGA